UCAUUUCAGAUCCGUAGAUUCUUGUUUAAAACGCUCUUUUAGUUCAACUGCUAAUGUAGUACUACUAGAUCUGCUUAUAUAUACUCACACACAUUUUAUAUAGACGUUACCAACAUCAAACAAUCUUUGAACUCACUAUCACUUCACUCACAUCUUGAUUGUAUCACCAGAUCUGAUAAAGCUAGUUUGAUCAAGGUUGAUUUGGUGAUUCUUGAUGUUUACUUGCAUUUAUAUGUAUUUAUAGCUUGUGGGUAUGCUAAAGAUCUGAACUUUAUUGUCAUUUGAUACAUUUGAGGCCUUGAAAUCUGUAGAUUUGAUUGUGGGGAUUUAGAGUUUGAACUUGAUGGAGACUAUUGUUGUUGUUGCUCAUCAUAGGAACCAAUGUUACGAGAAGAAUCAGAGUAAUCUUGGGUCACCUACUUUUAGGGAUUUUAAAGAAUUAAGUUGUAGGACUUUUCAGUCUGGGAGUGGUGGUGCUGGGAUACUCCCUACACCAAUUAAGGCUUGUACUACACCUGAUGGGAAAAGGGGGUUUGGGUUUUCGCCCUCUUCCCCGUUCUCGAAAACGCCUUUUCCAGCUUCGUUUGAUUAUUUUUCGGAGGAUGUUGAGAGUAAGAAUUUGAAAGGGAAUGCCUUGAAGAAAAGUGGUUCGACCCCGAUUCCUAUUAAGGGUGGGUCUGAGAGGGAGAGGUCCUUGUUUUGUAAUGAUUUUUCGUACUCUGAGCUUUGGGCUGGACCUGCGUAUUCCAAUUCUCCUCCACCUAGUUCAUUGCCUAUUCCGAAGUUUUUUGCUCCUCCCAAACGAACUGCGUCACUUGAUUUUCCCUCUUCGGCAGUGUCUGAUAUGGAUUUGCACCCUUUAGCACGGUCUGCUCCCCCGUCCCCUAAAAGAGAACACACUGUUUCUGCUAGGAAACUCUUUAGCAAUGCUGACCAUGCCCUUGCGACCCAGGAUUUGCGUCGCAUCCUUAAUCUUGAUGUCACUGAUGACUGAGAACUAGGAGUUUGAGACUCCUGUGUAAAUAAAUAAAUCUAGAUUGCUAGUUGGUUUAGCGCAGAUGUGUUUGGUGUGAAUAAAUUGGCCAGACUAAAACAAAUAGGGACAGUGUUAUGUGUUGGUUAUACAAGAACAUGUACUGUGGUGAUGAAUAUUGCUAUGUAGUUGUAAAACAGCAGUAAAUGAUAAUGGUGUGAAUCAUUACAGUAUCUCAGAAGAUGGGGGGUUUUGUUCGUAUCUCUCUCUCUCUUUUAUGAAGAUUAGUUUGUUGAUGUGGCAUUGACAAAUAUCAGCCUAGCUUAAAGGCAACUUUUGAAUGGCUUGCUCACAGCUAACAAGGGAUGGUACCAUGGAUACUUUCAGUUUAGAAUUGGAAUGGCCUUCAAGAUAUAGAGGAAACUGGAAACCAGUAAAUUAUUUUCCGUAAGGUUUUUCACCUUUUGUACAUUAUUAACUCCAUAGAAAUUGUAGAUACCUCUAGUUUCCUAGUUUGGCUACUCAAAAGUUAGGUUUUAGGCUCGAACCUUCUUUUUAACACCGGUUACCAACAGUCAUUCCAUUUGGCCAUACAACAUAGGUAUACUCCUUUGUUAUCUGUGUCAGUGUAAAUUGCUUUGCGGUGUUUGUCACCCUCCAAGUCUUUCGUUGUUUCAUGUUUUCUCCUUCAACUGUGCAGUUUUGAUUUAUUUUCUAGUGUUAGUUAUUUUUGUACAUACACAUAAAGCCUCUUACUACUAACAUUCCAAAUUCAGUCUCUCUAAUUAUCUUUGAGUUAUUCCGUUUGCAUCUCUUCGUUGUCAAAGGUAUUGUGCUAUCCUUCAUCAUAUCACUAGUUUUUAAAAGGGACUAUGUUGAGGGAAAUGGCUACAUACUUCUGUUCACUAGCUUUGAAAUCAUUUCAUGUUGCCCUUUUUAUCCAUGGCCCAUAAGUUUGCCUUUCUCACUUUGGUUCUAUCCCGUGGUACUUUGAUGGAUUCUGUAAGAUCUUUCUAUUGACAGAAUGCUGUUGUAAGAGGUAUUCACAAGGCUUUCUUUGUAUAAUAGCAGUAAUGGAAGGAGCUGGACACAAUUAUACAUGCUUCCAUUAUGCAGUAAAGAAAACGGCGGCUGCGAUUAGAGAAGAGUCCUAUAUCGAAUCUCUGCAGUUUUACCUCACUCUGUCUUCGUGCUGUAAAGAGCUUUGACAGUUAAUCCGCCCUCACUGUCCUUGUUUUCUGUGUACUGUUAAUCUAUGGUUUGUGUUUUGUAUCUGUAAUCUUAGUAACAGUAGUCUGGCUUUUCUGUUUUUAAACAUCUGGGUUUUGAACAUGUAGUGGCUUUGUUUGAUUUGAAUUAUGGAUUUAGAUCAACAGUCUUGUCUAUCUUAAGCAUUCUGCAGCUAA